AUGGGCCGUGAGGAUCGGAACAAGGACCGAAAGGUCACUGGGAAGGGUCCAGACGUCCGGAAGCAUCUGAAAACCCUUCAGUCCACCGUCUCGAACAAGCCCGGAAGCUCGAAGAAGCCAAAGCCGAUGGCCGAGGGCAAGAAAGCGACCGCGAAGGCCGAGGGCAAGAAAGCGACCGCGAAGGCCGAGGGCAAGAAAGCGACCGCGAAGGCCGAUGGCAAGAAAGCAACCACGAUGGCUGAGGGCAAGAAUGCGACCCCGAUGGAAGCUGUGGCCGAUGAAGACGUUCCCCGCCCCAAGUCACCCCCCGGAAACAUCGUGGAGUUGGCUCCCAACAUACGACUACGAUAUACUCCGCAACCCGCCCUCGAUAGGAAGAACCUCAGAGCCCCGAACGUCGGUAUCUUCGUGAAGCAAGCUUGCAACAUGAGAUCCGGCGGCCAGAAGAAGUUCUUCCGUAAUCUUUACAUUGCAAGGACCAUCAUCUCGACAUUUUCCACGGCUCUGGCCAUCAAGGAGGUGUACCGUCCCGACGGGUUGAAUUCCUUCACCGCGAAGGUCGCCGAGGAGAUUCCAAAGUCGACCAGCAAGCCCGCUCCUAUGUGGCAGCCGACGGGCUCAUCGGUAAAGCUGUGCAUGUACUUCGCCCUCGAUGCACGCCGCAUGUUUGUGCGGGGCGGGAUGGGACCGUCCGGGGCCUUUCUCAAAAACGUCCUCGACGCCACCAAUACGAACGAGGAAUGGAAGCAGAUGAACCGCUUGGUGGACACCCUUUCGGAACUCAUCGACCGCUGGUUGGAGCUCAUGGGGGAGCUGCCCGCUUGGGCCACGGAGGACGGCAAGCCUGAGACUGCUGUCAUGGGGGACGAGUCUGGUGAGGGACUGUUCGACGUCCUCUCGGAUGGCUUGGCCGGGCUCAACUUGAAUGGCAUCCAAUCCAAAGCAUCCCCAUUUCGUUCCUUUCGAUGGGUGGAUAAUAUCUUCGUCCAUCCGCCUAAUGUCCGCUGCCUGUUUGAGAAAGAUCGCCUUGUCUACGCAAGUCCGAAUUCCUCGCAUUUGCCCUCGUCUGGCAGCCAACCAGCACUCAACGAUGAUGCGCUGCUUCGCCUACUUCUGUCUGAUCGUGACUCCGAAUGGGAUCAAGAGAGCCAUGCCGGCACCAAAGUACACAGACAGACACGCGGUAUUGAUAAGCCUUUGAGCAUGGGCGACCACGAGUACGACGAAGGCUGCAGCAUGGAGGGCAGCCCGAAUCUGGAAACUGCCUCUUUGCGAAUGGUGUCACAGGAGUGA